UGUUGUCAUCGUGCGAGAGCACGCGCAUGGUCAGUUACACGGGGAAGUGAAUAACACGGUGAGCCCAGACCUGCAGGUUUCCAAGACGUUCUGCACGAAUUUCCGUGUAUUUUGAUUCCAUAAAAUUGGGUUAUUGGAUUUUUAUUCUGUAGGUAAUUGGGGGUUGACCGGUGUUAGUCCAUGUCUGGCAGUGUUCCAUUAAAAACCUGUAACAUCAACAUUUACAUGGAACCGGAAAAAAAGACAGAUGUUAAAGCCACUGGCCCCAAUGAGAAUGGAGAAGCUAAAGUUAAAGUGGAGAACACCGAAGAUGGUACAACUACAGUUCUGGAAACAAGUGGUAAAACUCAAAAUGUAGAUGACUCACAUGCAGAGAAUAAAGAAAAUAAUGAAGUUACAACUGAAAAUGUAGACAGUGUGCCUGCAGAUGAUAAAGAAAACAAGGAAGAGACAGCUGAAAAUUCAGACAAUGGGCAAUCAGCUGGUAAAGAAAACAAGGAGAAUGAAGCUCAAAAUGUAGACAACAGAAAAAUAGAUGAUAAAGAAGACAUGGAAGUUAAUGAUAUCAAUGAAGAGCGAGAGGUGACUCCAGAAUCUAGUGAAUUCAUAGAGUUUGAGUUUUCUCCAAUAAAGAAAGAAUCUUCUGUAAGAAGAGACCGCAGUUCGAGUCCUGAUGCGGAAGCUGUCCUUGACCAGCUGUAUGAGGCUGCGCAGAGUGGAGAUUCGGGUAAAUUGUGUAAUUUGAUGUUUUCUGAUACAGAGAUGGCUGGUCAAGAAACCCAGGAUGAAAACGAAAGCAGAAGAGAAAAAUCUGGAGAAAAGGCUGCGAGGAAUAGUCAUGACAUUAAUCAAAAUAGAGCCAUAAUUAACUUACUGAAAAGAAAAACUCCUAUUGAAAAAGAACGUAUUGUAGCUGACUUUGAGUCUUCUAAGAGGCAAAGAGUGGAACCCGAGAAAGUGAUCGAUUUUACAAAUGUGAAAAAUAUACGAAAUCUCGGAACUCUGCCUAUAGGGAAUUUAGUGACUGUUUUACCGGAAGAACCUAAAAGUAAGUUUUAUGUGAGGAGAAAAAAUCCUUACAGAACCCCAACACCCCCAAAUCUUUCCCCAACGGCACCACCUGUUUACAAACCAAGAAUGACUGUUCAAAAUGUACUGAAUAAUUUACCUCCUCCAGCUCCAAGUAGUAAGCAACAAAAAGAGCCACCUGGUAAUCAGAAUGUUGAAAGGAAUUUAAUUGAUUAUUCCGUGCUUACAAAGGCUUUAACAAAGACACUUGAGAGUAAGCUUCAAGAAGGAGAAGACAAUGAUGUUAAGAUUGUAAUUUUUUGUAACAACAAGCCAAUUCAGUCAUUUUCUGUAAGAAGUAAUGCGAAACAGGGAGUAGGUGCACCUCCGAUACCAAACUUACCACCUUCCAUGCUUCCCCCAGCUUCAGCAUCCUUGUCUAAUCAUGCAACUCAAAAACUUUUGAAGAUGCCAGUAGAUACAGUGACGAACGUAAAUGACAUCUUGGCACAGAAUCCGACAUAUUUGUCGAAGCAAAUAAAUCAAAAUCUGGGGCUGUCUCCAAACAACAUUCCAACUAUUGGUGAUGUGAAGGCGAUAUUAGAGAGGAAUAGAAGGAUUGCAAAUGAGAGCUUGGCAAAGUUUUCAACACCCCGUACAAAAACCAAACGCAUUCCUGAUGAACACUUAGCAAUGUUGCUAAAGGAGUUACAAAAAAGUGAUUCUGACACUGAUAAUAGUGCACUUGCGGAACCAAAACACUCUGAUUCUAAAAAGAAGGAUAGUAACAUGGGCGAAGACUUGGAGGAAAAAAAUCUGGUGAUAAAUGACUCUGUCACAACUGAUGAAAACUGUAAUGGAAGUGUAGAUGAGGUACAGUGUGACCAGUGUCAGAAGGUAUUCAAGCAGCAGAGAUACUUGAAUCGGCACAAAAUUCGAGUGCACAGCAGCUCAAAGCAGGCAGGUCAACAGUCAGAACAAGUUUCAAGUCCACAAGAGCAAUCUCAGCCUGAAUUAGUAAAUAAUAAAACUAUUGAAGAUCUGUUGGCAACACCAAGCGAAAACACAAUUGGGAAUGCAAACUGUAUUCCACAUAAAGACACAAAUGGAACAUUUGAAGGUGAAAAACUGGAUGGAACAGUUGAAGAACUUGAUACAUCUAUUGUAAAAACUGAGCCUGUGUCCGAGUAUGAAGAUCAGGAAAUUCAGAAGUUACUAGCAGACGACAAUGUGCUGAAUCUUCUUGAAACAGCUGAUAAAAAUAAGCGCUCCCUAUUUAAUCAGGAGAGUCAACCCCACGGAGUAUGUGCAAAAGACCUUCUCAAUCCAAAUUAUAAGGCAAAAUCUUAUUCUUAUGACUACAGGCCUCCAGUAACGGAGGAAGGGUUAGUUGAACCUGUUUAUGUAUGCGAACAAUGUGGAAAGUUUUAUCGGGCAAGAAAGACUUUGAAGGAUCACUUCCUGCGCGAGCACGCCAAAGACAAAGACGAUGAACCUCUGUAUUUGUAUAUAACUGGAAACAAGUACCAGUGUCCCAUCUGCUUCAAUAAUUACCAUUCCGGGAGUGAGUUGGUCAGUCACACAAAGAAACAUACAGGAGAACUACGUAGUGUCUGUAAACUCUGUGGAAAGGUGUACUCGUCCGUCCAUGUGCUACGACGACACAUCGACAAUAUACACUCCGACGUGAAGCCGCGUCCGUUUCAGUGCGAGUUGUGUGAAUAUGCAGCAUCAAAUAAGUGGCACCUAAAGGAGCAUUACAGAAGACAUACAGGUGAGCAACCGUACAAGUGCCCAGUGUGUGUUAAGUCUUUCAGUCAUCAAGGGACCAUGAACAGACAUUGCAAAACAAUACAUAAAAUAGAAAUUCCAUCACAGAGACCAUAUGUGAGAAACAAUAUUUUAGACCUGCCUGACUUACCAACGGAUACAGCAGUAGCAGAUGGAAUUCCAACAAACGAGGAGUUGAAUCUUUUGUGUUCAGAGACAGAGCUGCCAGAGAACUCUUCAGAGUCGGAGAAAGAUUUAGACCUGGAUCUCUCCAUUGUCAAAACUGAACCACAGGAGGUUGAUGUUGAAUGAAUAAGUGCACAAGUUUCUGGCAAGUUGUCAAGACGAUCUAUGAAGCAUUUCUGUGAAGAUUUAAUAUUAAACGGGAAUAGAGGAGUGGCUGUGACUGCUGUAGGAGGAGCCUGCUUAAAAGAAAUAUGUGUAUUUUGUAUUUCUUUUACUGCUCUUUAUUGUAGGGAGUAUUAAAUAUUUUGAAUGACUUCCUGUUUGAAACAAAUAUACUGUUACACAGAUGAAUAUUCUUAGUAAUAAUAGGAGGCAUUUUCUGCUAUGAUCUUGUGACAGAAUAUCUGCCUAUUUCUCAAAGAGGAUUUGUUAAUUCUUAAGCAAUUAUUGUCAACUGUCUAUUCCAGCAUUCUGUAACAGUGUUUAACUGAAGGGUAUAGAAUUACUGGUCUUGUUGUAGUUUUGCCAGUGCACGGGUACUAAA